AGCAGAAGCCCCUCAGACUCUUUCUCCGUCGGUCUCAGGUCCGCGGGGAGACACAGCGGCCGCCAGGCGGAGAAAAUGGCGGAGGUGGAGAUGGAUCUACCGAGCGGGCGGCUGAAUAACGGAAAAGAAGACUUGGAAAGUCCGGAGAAGAGUGGGAAUGAGAACGGCGAAAUGUCAGAGGAGGACGAGGAGGAGGAGGGCGAGGAGCAGGCCGAGGUGAACGGAGAGAACCAGCGUGAAGGCUCUAAGCACCACAGCAGCAGCGGUAGUAAACACAAGAAGAAGAAACAUAAGCACCGUAGCAAACACAAAAAGCAUAAGCAUGCGUCCGAGGAGGAGAAGGAGAAGAAGCGCAAGCACAGACACAAACAUAAGAAGCACAGGCGCAAGGAGACGACGUCUCCGUCCGCGGGAGCCGUCAGCCGGAAGGCCGAGGAUGCCUCCCCCACUUCUGAGAACCCAAACAUGGACGACAGAGCCCUGCUGGAGGACCUAGAGAAGCAGCGGGCGCUGAUUAAAGCCGAGCUGGACAGUCAGCUGAUGGAGGGGAAGGUGCAGUCAGGCAUGGGUCUUAUCUUACAGGGGUAUAACUCCGGCUCCGAGGAGGAUGCAGAGGGGCAGAGGGCGCGUAACGGGGAACAGCGUCAGAGAAGCAGCGGAGGCAAAACUCGUUCACCCAGGGACCAGAGCAGCAAGGGGGGCAAAGCCAGACGUGAAUCGCCGGAUGCCGGGAAAGCCAGCGGGAAGCGCCGCAGCCGCAGCAGGUCCAGGGACAGAUCGGGGAAGGACAGCAAAGCCACCAAGACGACCAAAAGCAGCAGAGAGUCGGCCAAGGAGCGCAGCAAGUCUAAAGACAAGAAGCGCUCCCGGAGCCGGGACAGAUCCAAAGACAGGGGAAGGAAGUCCCCGUCUCCGUCCAGCAGGAGGCGCUCCUCGACAGAAAGGAGAACCGAACAGAAAGGACGUUCCGACCGGCGCUCCUCCCCUACUCGGACAGAGGAGAAGCGGACUCAAGAGCAGGCCAGCCGGCGGUCCGUGUCGCGCAGGAGCCGCUCGCGGGAUCGUAGGUCCCGCUCCAAAGAUGGACACCCGGCCCGUUCGGAGACGGACAGGGAACAGAGGCCGGGGAAGUCUCCUUCCAAGGAUGCUUCGUCGGGGAAGGAGAACCGCUCGCCACACAUCAGGAGGCCAUCGAGCCCUCAGCGUCGCCGCAGUUCCUCUCCCCGCCGCAGGGAGCGUCAGUCCCAUCCUCCGCCCUCAGGCUCCACCGAACGGAGCGCCAAACAGAGUCACUCGCCCUCGAGGAACAGAUCGCCUGCCAGGAGGGUUCGAAGUCGCUCGGGCGAGCGCAGGAGAGACUCACCGGUCAGGAAGCGCUCUCGUGCUGAUGGGAUCGGAAGGUCACAUGACUCGAGCCCAAUGAGGCGCAGGGUCAGCCGCUCACCGCUCAGACGAAGGUCCAUGUCACCACGCAGGCAGGCCCGCCUCUCGCCGAGGAGACGGAGCCGCACUCCUCUGAGACGAAGGUCUCCUGAGAGGGAUCGGUUCGGACGCUCCAGACCUCGUCGCUCCACCUCCAGGGACCGUGAGCGCAGGAGGAGGCGGAGCCGAGACGAGGACAAGUUCAAGGGGAGCCUGUCGGAGGGCAUGAAGGCGGACCAAGACUCCUCCUCUGAGGAAGUGAUGGAAGACUUCGAUGCUGAAGAGGAGGAUGAGGAAGCUCUGAUUGAACAGCGACGACAGCAGCGGCUCGCUAUAGUGCAGAAAUACAAGGCAGUGAACGAGGACAGCAACAUGGGCUCCAUGGCGUCCGAGCCCAGCAGCCCCCAGAGCAGCACACGCAGCCGUUCAGCCUCUCCAGACGACAUCCUGGAAAGAGCGGCUGCAGAUGUGAAAGAGUACGAGCGCGAGAACGUGAAUACGUUUGAGGCCAUCGUGAAGGCCAAGCACAACCUCAUCGCCCAGGAGAAAGAAGCAGCCAACACAAAAAAGCCCUCCGCCCCUGACAUGUUCACGGAGUCUGACGACAUGUUCGCUGCAGAUUUCGACAGUGCCAGGCUCAGGGCUGUGGGCAUCGGGAAGGACUUUAAAGAGAAUCCAAAUCUCAGGGACAACUGGACUGAUUCUGAAGGCUACUAUCGUGUAAACAUUGGUGAGAUGCUGGAUAAGCGCUAUGAUGUGUAUGGCUACACGGGGCAGGGUGUCUUCAGCAACGUUGUCCGAGCCAGAGACACUGCCCGUGCUGGCCAGGAGGUGGCAGUGAAAAUCAUCCGAAACAACGAGCUCAUGCAGAAGACAGGGCUGAAGGAACUGGAGUUCCUGAAGAAGCUCAACGAUGCUGAUCCUGAUGAUAAAUUCCACUGCUUGCGCCUCUUCAGGCAUUUCUACCACAAACAGCACUUGUGUCUAGUGUUUGAGCCUCUCAGUAUGAAUCUACGAGAGGUCCUGAAGAAGUACGGGAAAGAUGUAGGGCUCCACAUUAAGGCCGUUCGCUCUUACAGCCAGCAGCUCUUUCUGGCCCUGAAGCUUCUGAAGCGCUGCAACAUCCUACAUGCUGACAUCAAACCUGACAACAUAUUGGUGAACGAGUCCAAGACCAUCCUGAAACUCUGUGACUUUGGCUCAGCGUCUCACGUGGCUGACAACGACAUCACACCUUACCUGGUCAGCAGGUUCUACAGAGCUCCUGAGAUCAUUAUUGGGAAGCCAUAUGAUUACGGUAUUGAUAUGUGGUCAGUGGGCUGCACGCUGUAUGAGCUCUACACAGGAAAAAUCCUGUUCCCCGGCUCCUCCAACAACCACAUGAUCAAACUCUCCAUGGACCUCAAGGGCAAGAUGCCCAACAAGAUGAUCCGGAAAGGCUUGUUCAAAGAUCAACACUUCGACCAGAACUUGAAUUUCCUGUACAUAGAAGUGGACAAAGUGACUGAGAGGGAGAAAGUGACAGUAAUGAGCACUAUUAACCCCACGAAGGACCUGCUAGCAGACCUGAUCGGUGGCCAGAGGCUUCCUGAGGAGCAGCGGAAGAAGGUGAUGCAGCUGAAAGAUCUGCUGGAUGGCACUCUGAUGUUGGACCCAGCCAAGCGCAUCAGUAUCAACCAGGCCUUGCAGCACCCCUUCAUCCAGGACAAGAUCUGACCUUUCUUCACUUUUUAAUCUCUGACUUUUCUUUGACCUUCCACUGGAAGUGCAGUGGUCACGCCAGUCCUUCUCCUGGAGGUCUGCCGUCCUGUAAAAGUUGAGUGCAGUCCAGAUCUAACUGUCCUGAUCCACUUAAAUGAGGUCUUCAGACGGCUGUGAUCACCUUGGUUAGGUAUGUCGGGAAAGGACGGCGCUGAACUGUUAAGGGAAGCCGAUCUGCGGGUGGAGGGUUGGUCACCGGAGCACUGGAGUCAGAGCUGUGAUGCUGGUCUGGGACCGAACCAACAACCUCCAGCUGAGAAUGUUUAGAACCAUUGAAGACUUUUUUGUUUUUUUUGUUUUUUUACUCCUAUUUGCUUUGUUUUACAAGGAUGUUUUUGUUUCCCCAUGUGUUGAUUACGGAGCUGUCAGAAUGAUCUGAUUUUUAUUGUAAAUAAUCCAUGCAUAAUUACAUCUUGUCGUUCACACCAGAAAUGA